UACUAUCUGUCUUUCUCUGUCUCUGCACUUACAUUUAUUUAUUCAUGUACUGCUUUUCUGCUAUAUAGUAAGAGUAGGACAAAACAAAAAAUUAUUUCUAUGCCAGACGACAUGAGUAUUUCUGUAAAUGGACAAUCUCAAGUUCCACCUGGAUUUAGAUUCCAUCCAACAGAAGAGGAACUACUUCAGUACUACUUGAAGAAGAAAGUUGCAAAUGAGAAAAUUGAUUUGGAUGUUAUCCAAGAAGUUGAUCUCAAUAAGCUUGAGCCUUGGGAUAUUCAAGAGAAAUGCAAAAUUGGAUCAACUCCACAAAAUGAUUGGUAUUUUUUCAGUCACAAGGAUAAGAAGUAUCCAACAGGUACAAGGACAAACAGAGCAACUGCUGCUGGAUUUUGGAAAGCUACUGGGCGUGACAAAGUCAUAUAUUCUAAUUCUAGAAGGAUUGGUAUGAGAAAAACUCUGGUUUUCUACAAAGGCAGAGCUCCUCAUGGCCAAAAAUCUGACUGGAUUAUGCAUGAGUAUAGAUUGGAUGAUCACAUCAAUGAUCACUCUUGUAAUAUCGUUUGUAAUGUUGCAAUGGGAGAGUCAACACAAGAAGAAGGUUGGGUUGUUUGUCGCAUAUUCAAGAAGAAAAAUCACUUCAAAUCUCUUGAAAUGGUCAAUCCCUCAAUUUCAGACACAAGAAUAAAUCAAAGACUCUAUCCUAAUGAUGAAGGAGCUUUAGAACAACUACUUCAAUAUAUGAGAAAUACAUGCAAAGAAGAAAACCAUGCAAAUUAUGACAUUAAUUUCAAUGACAAAUUCAUGCAACUUCCAACCCUAGAUAGCCCAAAUUCCUCUUAUGGAGAUUUUCCAAAGUCUAUAAAUUCUGAAGGAGGUUUGAAUAAUUGGAUUGCAGUUGAUCGUCUUGUUGCUUCACAUCUUAAUGGCCAAACAAAUGAUAAUUAUAAUCAUGAUUAUCAGCACCAAUACAGUAGCAAUGGGGGAGGUGGCAGUACUCAUAAUCAUGAUUAUAAUGAAGAGUGUGAUCUUUGGAAUUUUUCAAGAGUAUCAACUAAUGAUCACUCGUUAUGCCACGUGUCUAAUAUUCCUGUUUGAUGGGACGAACCGAAGGAAGACAAUUAUUAUACUUAAUAAUCAUGUCAUGUAUUGUCAUAAUGUUUAAUCAUGAUAUUAUAUGUUUGAUGUAAAUAAUAUAUACUCUUUCACAUAAUUAAAGUUGGGUCUAUAGAAGAUGGAGUGGCUUUUUAAUCCAUUGUAAAUAAAUUUACUACAACGUUUAUUGUGGUAGUCGGCAGCUAGCAUUGAGUGUUA